AUGGGUAGUAAACUUUUACAAUUAUUAUUACAUCCUAAUGAACUUAAAGCAGUUAUACAACUCUUUGGAUUUAGACAACCAUUACAUCCAAGAACAAAAGAUGUUAAUGAUAAAGAAUUGAUUAGAUGUUAUGAAUUAUUAAAUCUAACUUCAAGAUCAUUUGCUGCUGUUAUUGAAGAAUUACAUCCUGAAUUACGUGAUGCAGUAAUGAUUUUUUAUCUUGUAUUAAGAGCAUUAGAUACUCUUGAAGAUGAUAUGACGGUUAAACCAUCAAUUAAAAUCCCAUUGUUGCGUGAAUUUGAUACAAAAUUAAAUACUAAAGAUUGGACAUUUGAUGGUAAUGGACCUAAUGAAAAAGAUCGAAUUGUUUUAAUUGAAUUUAAUAAUAUUUUGAAUGUUUUCCAUAGAUUAAAACCUCAAUAUCAAGAUAUUAUCAAAGAUAUUACUUAUAAAAUGGGUAAUGGUAUGGCAGAAUAUAUUUUAGAUGAAGAAUUUAAUGUUAAUGGUGUUGCUACAAUUGAUGAUUAUAAUUUAUAUUGUCAUUAUGUUGCUGGAUUAGUAGGUGAAGGAUUAACUAAUCUUUUUGUAUUAGCUAGUUUUGGUGAUAAAACAUUAACAGAAAAUAAUUUUGCUAAAGCAGAAUCAAUGGGAUUAUUUUUACAAAAAACUAAUAUUAUUAGAGAUUAUCAUGAAGAUUUACAAGAUGGUAGAAGUUUUUGGCCUCGAGAAAUUUGGUCAAAAUAUACUGAAAAUUUACAAGAUUUUCAUAAAGAUCCUAGUAAAAAAUUUGCUGGAGUUAGUUGUAUUAAUGAAUUAGUUUUAAAUGCAUUAAGUCAUGUUACUGAUUGUCUUGAUUAUUUAUCAUUAGUUAAAGAUCCUUCAUCAUUUUCAUUUUGUGCUAUUCCUCAAGUAAUGGCAGUUGCUACAUUAGCUGAAGUUUAUAAUAAUCCUAAAGUUUUACAUGGAGUAGUCAAAAUUAGAAAAGGUACUACAUGUAAAUUAAUAUUAGAAAGUAGAACUUUACCUGGAGUUAUUAAAAUUUUCAAACAAUAUAUUCAAGUGAUUAAUCAUAAAUCAUCAGUUAAAGAUCCAAAUUAUUUGAAAAUUGGUAUUAAAUGUGGUGAAAUUGAACAAUAUUGUGAAAUGAUAUACCCUAAUAAAUUGGCUUUACCUCCAAGUAUGAAAUCAUUACCAGAAAAUAAAUUUACUAAAAUUAUUGCUAGUAGAGAAAGUAUUGAUUUAUCAGUACAAAGAAGAAUUGAACAAGAAAAUUUCAAUUGUAAUGUUGUGUUAUUUGGUAUUGGUGGGUUAAUUUUAAGUUUAAUCUAUUUUUUUACCGUUUAUUAA